GUGCCAGCGUGGGGCGUUCAGUGGCAGCCGUGACGGGAGGCUACAGGGUGCCACGGUUUCUCGCUCGUUACAUCAGUUAAUAUCAUGGAAUCCAUUCGAUCAUCUUUUAGCUUCAAUUGGCUGUCUGUUAAGUUCUUCACGACAGGAUGGGAUUUCUUUCUGAAGCAAGAAGCGUCAGUUUUAGCCUUCCUGUGUGGUCUGAUGGCUGUUGUUGACUACUUCCGAGGGAACUGCGUCACAUGCGCUGUAUUCCAUGCCUGCCUAAUCAUCCUCGUUCGACGAUUUCUGGCGGGGGGGAUUUGCAAUUCCACUCGACGCCUGGAUGGCAAGACAGUUGUUAUUACUGGUUGCAAUGUGGGCAUUGGGAGGGAGACUGCUAGAGACCUUAGUGGACGAGGUGCCAAGAUCAUCAUGGCUUGCCGCGACACCAAGACAGCAGAGAAAGUAGCCAAGGAAAUCGGCAGUCAGACUGGUGGGGAGCUGGCGGUGAUGAAGCUGGACCUUGCCUCCCUGGCCUCCGUGCGCACCUUUUCCGAGGAACUCAAGUCCAGAGAGAGUCGUGUUCACAUCCUCAUCAAUAAUGCAGGUGUGAUGUUCUGUCCCUACAGCAAGACGGAGGAUGGCUUCGAGAUGCAGAUGGGCACAAACCACCUUGGGCAUUUCCUCCUAACCAACCUCCUGCUCCCUCUGCUCACCCACUCCGAGGAGGCAAGGGUGAUCAAUGUCAGUUCUCUGGCUCAUGCAAGAGGAGUUAUUCCCUUUGAUGACAUGAUGUAUGAGAAAGGGUAUGACCGCUUCAAGGCUUAUGGUAAUAGCAAAGUGGCCAAUAUUCUGUUUACACGCCAUCUUGCCAAGAAGGUGAAAGGCACAAACGUCCAGGUGUUCUCCGUGCACCCAGGAGCCGUCCAGUCCAACUUGGGGCGACAUGUUGUGGGUUCGUUCACAGCCUCUUGGUAUGCUUCGCUGAUCUUGAAGACCAGCAUGGAAGGGGCUCAGACCACCCUGCAUUGUGCUCUUGAGGCAGAACAGGAUGAUCAUAGUUAUUAUUUCAGUGACUGUGCUGUGGGUUAUGCUUCAGCAUAUGCCAGGAGAGACGACGUAGCAGAACGACUGUGGCAGGUGUCAGAGAAGAUGGUUCAGCUUUAGUAAGAAAUUGCAGAAAUGAAAAGGAAAGAUGAUUAGCAAUAAGUGUUGAUUCUCUUGAUGAAGGUGCCUUACUUAUUUCCUAUUGCUCUGAACACUACUAACCAGCAACAUAAGGCACGUAACACCACCUAAGAUUUUUGAAUUGUUAAUUGAUGUUUAACAGUUAAUUAAUGCAUUACCAUUGACCUAUGUAAGUCACUAGCAAAACAAAGAUGAACAAUAUGGUAGAUGCGGCAUGAGAAAAAAUUGCUGAAGUCUCUCUCUUCAGAAACUCUGGAUUCCAGAGAAUUUUCCAUGCCAGCGUACCCUGCCUUCCUAAAAUCCUAGUAAUGCUCUUUCUACUAGAUCUAUUAUGUAAGGUGAACAGAAGAAUUACAUAUAUGUUAGCGUGUUUUAUUUGUACUGUUGAUUUUUUAAUGGAAAUAUAAACUGUUGUUUAAAAGGAAACAGUAAGAAAUGAUUCUAUGA